AUGUCUCAACCCACCCCUCUCCAACAAGCUCAAUCGGAGUGUCUGAAAAUCAUCGAUGGCGGUCCCUAUACUGGGAUGUUUAUGCUAAAACAUAUUCUCCACACUGCUGGAAUAUCGUAUAGUCAAUUCUUGGUUGACCCCAAGCAUUCGAUUAGGGGCGCUACGAAUGCUUAUAUGAAUAUGGCCACCAUUGAGCAAUUAGCGCCUACCUGGAGCGUCGACUCGGGUCGCUGUACUUCUUUUGCGGUGAAGGCAAUCAACAACCUAAACGCCCACAAGGACGCAAAAGGUAACCCGAUAUUCAAAUUUGAAAUCUACGACCUCUACCGGCAUCGAGUUGCGAGAUGCAGAAACACCGGCAUCGUCCUCGAUUCCAGCUCCUCCAUCCCUGGCGGGGCGUUUAUACUACCCGAAGGAAAUUGGGGGGUAUUUCCAGAGACAAACGCAAGCUGGAAGUUCAAGAACUCCGAGUCCAUGUUUGAGAGGCAGGGAAAAGUGAAUGGUCAAGUCAAAAAGUCGUCGACCCCUAUCUCGUCCGCGCAGGCCAUGUUCACCUGCCUGUGCGAGGUCGAAGCGUCCGCAUACAAGACGAUCCCCACUUUGUUCCGGUCCGUCGACAGGAAUCACGUGGCCGUAUUCCAUGGGAUGAUCAUGUGGUCCCCGAGGGACCACGCCCUCGAGAUGGGAGCCACCAUCACCGACUUGAGAGCCGGGAGGAGAUUGGUUAUCCAGUUUCCGAAGUACAUAAAGAACAAAUCCGGCGAAACGGUCCCGGAUCCGAAGAUGAUGGGCACCGAGGAGAAUCUACAUAGUUGCCUUGAGCACUUAUUGAUAUUUGUCAGGGAACAUGGCGGGCCCUACGGGGAGCAUCAGUGGACGAAUACCGGCCUCGAAGCGUUCAACACGGAGCUGAUUCAGGCUGCCGUCGAUACCUGGGGCUAUCCCAAGCUGGUGGCGUACGUCGUUAAUUAG